CCAAAUCAGAACAGAGAGCAGCAGGAGAGACCAUUCUGCAGACCCUUGCCUAACACCAUGGCUGUACCAAAGUCCUCUGAUAAGAACCUGUCUCUAACACACGGCCAGCAAUAUGGUUCAAACCCAGCUUUGUCCCAGCUCUCUGGAAGACUUCAACUGUCCAACUCUAAUGGGAACUUAUCACCGGACAGCGUCACUCCUGUGUCUCAAGAGUUUACUGAGUCGGACGCUCUGCUCCCCAGGAAGCUGAGUGGAUCCAGACCCAAGGAUGCAGAAGGUUCUGGAGGACAUGAAGAAUCGAUGUGCUCCUUGUUGCGGCAGAUCCUGCUUCCAUUUCUGCUGGCCGGGCUUGGGACGGUUUCUGCUGGGAUUCUGCUUGAAAUAGUCCAGGGAUGGGAUGUCUUCCAGGAAUUCACGGAGCUCUUUAUCCUGGUUCCAGCUGUUUUAGGCAUGAAGGGGAACCUGGAAAUGACUCUCGCCGCAAGACUUUCCACUGCUGUGAAUGCAGGGAGAAUGGAUUCUACCAGAGAAAAGUGGAUGCUAAUUGUUGGUAACUUAGCACUUAAACAGCUACAAGCCACAGUAUUGGGCCUGUUAGCUUCUCUUGUAGUGACUCUGCUGGACUGGAUAGCAGAAGGAAGGAUGCCCUUGAAUCACCUGGUGCUCCUCUGUUCAACCAGCCUUUGUGCUGCGUUCAUGGCAUCACUGCUGCAAGGAAUUGUGAUGGUGGGAGUGAUUAUUGGCUCCAAGCGGAUGGGAAUCAAUCCAGACAACAUUGCCACGCUGAUGGCGGCCUGCUUUGGAGAUCUCUUCACUCUCGCCUUGUUGGUGUGCUUCAGCCAGUGGUGUUACUCCCUCAUGGAGCUCUAUCCCUAUGUGUUGUACCUGGUUGAUCUGUUACAUAUAUGUCUGAUACCUGUUUGGAUGAGGGUUGCCUCCAAACACCCAGAGAGUCACAUCCUGCUCCGUUCAGGCUGGGAACCCAUCAUCACAGCCAUGGUCAUCAGCAGUGUUGGAAGACUUAUUCUGGACAAGACUGUGUCUGAUGAAAACUUAAUGGGAAUCGUUGUUUAUGCUCCAGUCAUAAAUGGUGUUGGAGGAAACCUCGUCUCCAUCCAGGCUAGUCGUAUCUCAACUCAUCUGCAUUUGAAUUACUCACCCAGAGAAAUUCCUGACAGCCAUAAAAGCUGCUUCAACCUCUGUCACACAUUCGUUGGAACAGGAUCAAACCAACGUUCUGCUCGAGUUCUGCUCCUUUUGGUUCUGCCUGGUCAGCUGAUCUUUUUACACAUUAUUCACUUGAUGAAAGGAGGCCUCACAUUGCCCAGCCCUCUCUUCACAGUGUUCUUCCUGUCAUUUUCCCUGAUUCAGGUCUUCUCACUGCUGUGCAUAGCUGACUGGAUGGUCCACUGUCUGUGGCAGAGGAGCAAAGAUCCGGACAGUUAUUCAAUACCCUACCUGACAGCUCUUGGAGAUCUUCUGGGGACUGCUUUACUCUCUCUGUCCUUUCUCUUACUGUGGUGCAUUGGCGACCCAGGCGGUGUAUAGAGUUACAAUGACAAGCAGAAACAAAGUAGCCUAGUGAACUAGACCAAAUUCUUGCUUUGCAAAGUUUGGUCUAGGCACGCUCCAUUGGAACCUCCGCAGCUCCUACCAGGACUCUGGCUAGCCAAUCACAGCUCUCUAGAGGGGUUUCAAACACAUAAAGAGCUGUGAUUGGUCCAUAAUGGUGGGCCAAUCAUAGUGCUCUAUCUGCUUAGUGAACAAAUCACAGAGCUUUAUCUGCUUUGUGUGCCAAUCAAUGCACUCUAUGCCUGGUGGGUGGGAUGAUGCAACAGAGUGAAACAAGACUAUGUCACAUUCAUUGUCCAGUGGAAUGCGGGGAUCAUUUGAAAGACAACGGUAGAACCCGCCCCACAACUGAGAGCCGUCAAUGGAGCGUGGCCAGACUAAAUAAUACAUUUAUUUAAUCUGGCUUGCCAGGCUAGAAACAAACAACAUUCACAACAAAAACCUGUUUUCAUUUUUUCUAUCAUGACCUAAGUUGAAUAAAGUACAAGUAAGUUAUUGCA